GUUACACGGCGGACGGACGAUAACGAACGCGGCACGUUCGAUUAAUCGCGCGUUUAUCGAGCGACUCCGGCGCUCGUUAGAGGGUACCGUGGACCACGUGCAGGCGGAGACCGUUCGAUCCGAUCGAAUAUCCGAGCCGCGGAAAGUGAGAAUCACAGUGCGCGUGUGUGUACAUGUUGUACGUGUGUGCCGGUGGUAGUGUUGAGGAGAAGUGGACCGUUCGUUGAAGUGGAAAGGGAAUACACAGGAAGAAUAGGAGCGAGGUGACUGGCCGGAGGAACUCGGGAACGCUAGUUGAUAUUUAGAAGAAAUGGGACUGGCCGAGAGAGAAGCAGAAAUGCAGGAGCUAGAGACACCACGAUCCGGUAGAUCGCGAGAUCUCUUCGGCGUGCAACUCGAGGUCACCUCUUUGCUUUUGGAAGGGGAGCGCCGGAAACUGGCAGUUCUUCAAAGGGAAUUGCAAGUUGCACUCGCCGAAGGGGGGAGCGUGAAGGUUAAGGAGAAACAAAAGCUGGAGUUGCUGCAUGCUAUAUCGAAGAUCCAAGGACAGCAUGAGCAACUCGACAAGGAGUACAGGAUCCACGCCGCCGGUGUUCUCCUGUGCAAUUCAAGGGGCUCCGGGAAGGUAAGCGUUUUGUCAUUAUUCUUUCGCCUCGUUCCGUGA